GUGCAUUGCUUAGGCUGCGCUGCUUGUCCAGCUAAGUUCUACAAGUAUGAAAUUCCUGCAUGCCCUCCUCCCUUGCGAGCUUGGCGUGAGUCAACUGUGGCAUAUUCUAUCACGUCAUCAGCCAGUGGCGUUUACAGGGUCAAAGGAAUGGACAUAUAUAUGCCCAAUAUGCUUCUUCGUCCUAUUCAAUCCCUUUCUUGCGCUACUCUGUGUCCAUAACUACAAUGAAUUUGCCUCUGCUUUCUGCUGUGCUGGUUCUGUGUCUCGUGUGGGUCUUCAAUCAAUUACGUAGGGUAGGCUCGAGGGAACAUGGCCUCCCUCCUGGACCUCCUACCAUUCCCCUCCUUGGAAACUUGCACAUUUUUCCAACAUCGUUCGCUCAUGAGAAGUUCACUGAAUGGGCGAAGACCUAUGGCGGUAUCUAUUCGCUCAAACUGGCUUCUAUGACUGCAGUGGUCAUAUCUGAUCCCAAGCUACUCCGAGAAUGUCUGGAUUUGCAAGGCAGAUUGACUUCUGACCGCCCUCCAAUGUAUGCUGCCGAGUUAAUCUGGGAAGAUGAAGAGCUUGUUAUGACUCGAUCUGGUCCGCUGUGGAAGACCAUGCGUCGUGCGGCGCAUGACAUCUUAUCGCGAGAUGCUUGCAUGAAGCACUUACCGAUACAGCGUGCUGAAGCCGUAAAGCUCAUGUAUGAUCUCUUGGAACGACCAAAGCAAUUCUAUACCCAUGUCUUCCGUUAUGCUGCCUCAGUUAUCCACUCGAUGGUCUUUGGGAUACACUGUCCUGAAUUCGACAACAGCUUUCUCCAAGAUUUCAUAUCUUCAAUGGACAUGGCCGUCAAUUUAAUCAAGCCGGGUGGACUGCCCCCAGUUGAGCUUAUCCCUGCCUUGAAAUAUAUUCCGGAGCGUUGGGCUCCAUGGAAGCAACUUUGUAAAGAGGCACGUGGUCUACAGCGUAGGCUAUGCUUUGGCUUGCUAGAUGUUACUAUCAACCGCAUCAAAGAUGGCAGGCGUACGGAUUGCUUCAUGGAAUACUUACUGGACCAUCAAGAACAAUACGGUUUGGACUAUGAAAUAUCAGCAUAUCUCGGCGGGUCCCUGCUGCAAGCUGGAUCAUUCACUACAACUGCCUAUUUGCGGUUCUUCAUUGCAUGUAUCACUACGGCUCCUGAUGUCCUGGGACGAGCACAGGCGGAGAUUGAUCAUAUAGUGGGUCCUGAUAAGCUACCAGAACUUGAUGAUCUGGAGAACCUGCCAUACUUAAGGGCAGUUAUCAAUGAAGUCCACCGGUUCCGGCCUAUUGCACCAAUUGCUGUUCCUCAUGCCUCCACCACUGACGUACGGGUUGGCGAGUAUAUUAUCCCCAAAGGAUGCACCAUCUUUAUGAAUACCUGGGGCAUUCACCACAAUGAAGACUGUUUUUACACUCCGGAAGUAUUCGAUCCUGAAAGAUACCUGCAUUCGGAGUUUGGUACAAAGGCCGGUGUUGACACCACUGAAUAUCGAAAUGACUUCAUAUUCGGAGCAGGACGACGAAUUUGUCCCGGCUCAUUGCUCGCAUCAAAUUCCAUUGCCUUGAAUGUCAUGUACAUGAUCUGGGCUUUCAACUUCACGCCAACAAGAGACCCUAUCAGUGGAGAACUGAAGCAUAUCGACUUAGGAAACAUCAUGGAUGGAGUCGUCUUAGUCCCGAAGCCCUUCGAAUGUGAGAUACGUCCACGCAGCGCAGCCAAAGCCAGUUUGAUAUGCAGGGAAUACGUACUUGCAACAGAUACAUUCAAGCUUUUCGAGCAUCACACUUCGGUAGAUUGUUAAGGGGUAAGAUUAUUUUGAUUCAUUCCUGGCCUUGACUCGUGCCUUGCUUAGAGGGGUCUCUGUAUUGAUCGGUUGAAGAGAUUGAAUGUAACACUUUGUUUCCUUCGAAUAGUACAUGUAUAUCUUCUGUAGCGUAACUGAAAGUAUAUCGUUGCACUUGAGCGGUAGACCAUC